AUGGCUCCCUCAAUCCUAAUUAUCGGUGCAACCGGUAACACUGGCCGAAGUGUUACUGAAACGUUGCCAAAGCUACUCAAAGCUACAAAAUCUCUGUCCAAUCACCGAGUCAUUGGCCUCACACGUUCCCUGGAUAGUGCGGUCGCCAAGCAGCUCGCAAAAGUGCCUGGUGUCGAGAUGGUCGAGCAGAAUUGGGUUGAAAUCACCGCCGACUGGCUCCGCAAACACGAGGUAGUCAGGGCAUUCAUUGCAUCACACAAUGCGCCCAAUCAAUUCGCCGAAGAAUCAACAUUCCAUUUGGCUGCCCUGAAAGCUGGAGUCAAGUACGUCGUACGAAUCUCAACCACUGCUGCAAACGUUCGACCAGACUGCGACGCCUACUACCCGCGCGCGCAUUGGGCGAUCGAGGCCCUGCUGAGCUCACCAGAAUUCAGCAAUCUGCAGUGGACUUCGCUCCAGGCCAAUAUCUUUUCACCGUUCUACCUCUCUACAGCCGCGGAGUUUAUCAAGCGGUACCGCAAGACUGGGACCCAAGACACUUUGAAGUUAAUGGCGGCAAAGGAUGCUCCUGUCGGCAUUGUUGAUCCCGAUGAGGUUGGACGUUUUGCAGCUUUUCUCUUGUCCCAGGAUGACACUACUGUACACAACAAAGCCAAGUACGUGCUUAAUGGUCCAGAAGACAUCACUGGGGGCCAAAUCGUCAAUAUGGUUGAGCAGCAUACCGGUACAAAAGUUCAACAUAUUAGCUAUGAGGACAUGUCGUUUGUUGAUUCAUUUCUCGAGCCUGGAUCCUUGGGAGCCCAACAAUCUAAGAACGUUAUAUUGUCCAUGAAAUACGCUCUGAUGACGGCGUGGGAAGGGAAGUGCACGGCCUCUACAACCAGCAAGGAAGUGCUGCAGCUUGCUGCACCAAAGCGUACACCCGCUGACACGUUGAUGGCUUUGUUGGAGGUGUAG